AGAGAGAGACAGAGAGAGAGAGAGACAGAGAGAGAGAGAGAGAGAGAGUUGGACAGACUUUACCCUCCAGGGAGCAUCAGGUGCACAGGUGACAGAAGGUGCCGGCCCAGGAGUGUUCCCAAGCUGUCUGUGCACCUGAAGAGGCUCAAGUGCCGGCUUCCUCUGGAGGCUGAGGCUCCGGAGUCUGGAAGAAAGCAGCUGGAGUGCCUGUUGCCAUCCUUAAAGUUUCAUUCGUCCUCCAGUCACCCCUUGAAGCUUUAAAGAAGGGGUAGAGGGUGGGAAAGGAAACCGAUAAAAGGCAAGUGAAAGAAAGGAGGAGGGGCAGGCUCUGACCCUGUCAGCACUGUGCUCUCUUCCUGCCUAGCCUGGGCUGAUCUCCAAGGAGCCCCAUGGCCAACUACGAAUUUAGCCAGGUGUCUGGGGACAGACCCUGCUGCCAUCUCUCUAGGAAAGCCAAGAUCUGUCUCGGAGUGGGUCUCGUGGUCCUGAUUGCCUCGGUAGUGACAGUGGUCAUAGUUCUGUGGCCGCGGGCACCCAUGGUGUGGAAAGGCAAGCCUACCCCGAAGCACUUUUCUGAGCUCUUCCUGGGACGGUGUCUCGUUUACACUCAAAUCCUCCGGCCUGAGAUGAGCGAUCACGACUGCAAGAAGAUACUGAGUACAUUCAAAAGAGCAUUUGUUUCCAAGAAUCCAUGCAACAUCACAGGAGAAGACUAUGAGCCACUAAUUAAGUUGGUCACUCAGACCGUACCAUGUGACAAGACUCUCUUUUGGAGCAAAUCCAAACACCUGGCUCAUCAGUAUACCUCGGUCCAGGGAAAGAUGUUUACCCUGGAGGACACACUGCUGGGCUACAUUGCUGAUGAUCUCAAGUGGUGUGGAGACCCCAGCACUUCUGACCUGAACUAUGACUCUUGCCCACACUGGAGUGAAAACUGUCCCAACAACCCUGUCACGGUGUUCUGGAAAGAGAUUUCCAAAAAGUUUGCAGAAACUGCCUGUGGUGUGGUCCAAGUGAUGCUCAAUGGGUCUUUCAGUGAACCAUUUUACAAAAACAGUACCUUUGGAAGUGUGGAAGUCCUUAAUCUGGACCCAAAUAAGGUUCAUAAACUCCAGGCCUGGGUGAUGCAUAACAUCGGAGCAGGUUCCAGUAACUCAUGCUCAGGAUCCUCCAUAAAUGAACUGAAGCUGAUUGUGCAAAAAAAGAAUAUUGCAUUUUCCUGCCAGGAUAACUACAGGCCUGUCAGGUUUGUUCAGUGUGUGAAGAACCCUGAGCAUCCGUCAUGCCGUUUUGGCACGUGGUUUGGAUCCUAGACCCCCUGUUGCUGGUCAAGAUGAGAGUCUCUGGGAAACUACACUGGCACACAGCCGGAGCUAUCAGAGGGCGCGCUCUUGUAUAAUGCCAGCACUCAAGAUGGAAGGACUUCCCAACAAAGUUGGGCAGCGUUACAUGAUCGGUUUAGUUCUUACUGUAUACUACUCAAGAAAAAAACUACUCCACGAAACAGAGCUAAACUUGUAUAUUGUUAUUUCACUUUAACUUUCUCAUGUGGUGCUGUAUUUUGUUCAUAUAUUGUUAACUCUCUUUUUUUUCCUCUUUUAAUGAAACUGAAAAGCAAACCCAAAAACUUUCACACAAGGUAGUUAAGCCUAUAUACCAUUGAGCUCCAUCCUCAGCACAGCUGGUAAUAUCAUUUUUAUUGAACAAUUGACAAUCCACGGGGAGCAGGAGGAGUGGGUGGGAGGACUGUGGAAUGAGAAUAAAUAAUAAAUAAAUAGGAAAUCAAACCUCCCUGUCAAAAUGGACACAGAAAAUGAAAUGUCAAGUUUUUCAAAUGAAUGGCCUCAUUUUUUUCAAUGUUUCUUUUUCCUACAAAUAUUCAAAUGGUAAACCUGAGGUCAUGGGUUAUUACAGGGAAGGUGUUCUGUGGGAACUUGAACAUGCUUGCUGUUUUAAUCUUUCACCCUUCCAACAUGUGCCAAUAAGUUUGACUAUUGUUUUCCUUUUUUUUAAAAAAAAAUGAGAUAAUGGAGCUUAGAGAGGUUAUAAACUUUCCUAAAGUCACAUUCCGGGGAUCAUGAUUAGAGCUGGUGCUGACUCCGGUCUUUCAAACUUCACAGCAUAUGAUAUUUCUUCUUUUCUAGGCCUUUACCACCAAAUUGAUAGUAGCCUGUAUUAUUGUCCAGAGAAUGUUGUUGUACUAAAUUGAAUGUAAUGGAAUUGGAAAUGUGAUUGUUUUGUUUUGUUUCUUGGGACAGGGCUUCUCUGUGUAACAGUCAUGGCUGUCCUGAAACUCACUCUGAAGACCAGGAUAGAAAACAAAUUACCAAUAUCAGCAACAAAUGUAGUUUAACUCAAAUUUAACUCAAUAUUUUUUUGUUUCGUUUUGUUUUUUGGGUUUGAACUCACAUUGAACUCACAGAGAUCUGCGUGCCUCUGCCCCUCGAGUGCUGAGAUAGAUUAAAGGCGUGUGCCACCACUGCCCAGCCUGAAGUGUGAAUUUUAUGGACACUUUCAAAACUAAUUCAUUGCAUCCUAUUUCCUUUCCUGCUCAUACUUGGUGCCCUUUAUAGGUAGUAAAAUAUUUUUGUUGAAAUAUUGAGUUAGUGAGCCAGAUGGUGGUAGCACAUACUUGUAAUCCCAGCACUUGGAAGGCAGGGGCAGGCAGAUCUCUGAGUUGCAGGUCUACUGGUCUACAUAGUGAGUUCUAGAACAGCCAGGACUAUUACACACAGAAACCCUGUCUCAAAAGAACAAAACAAAAAAGAAAAACAGAAACAAACAAACAACCCCAAAAAACAAAACGAAACAAAAAAAAUAUUGAGUUAAAUAACUACAUUUGUUGCUGAUAUUGGCGAUUUGUUUUCUAUCCUUUUUUUCUUAGAUCAGCCUUGCUUUGGGAUUACCAAUUGUUGCUGCUGUUUUCAAACCUACAAUCUUUAGCUUUCUUUCUUUAUUUUAUCUAAUUGUGCUUUUUUUCCCUCUAUUUUUAGAAAUAUAAAAAUGUCUUAUUUCUUCUAGCUUCCUUGGAUAUCUUUGUUCAACUGUUUUGAGACAGAUGCUUAGAUCAUUGAUAUCGCAGCCUGUUUUCUUUUCUUACACAUGUAUUUUAGUGCUGGGGGUUUUCCUCUGAGUCCCACUUUUGCUGCAGCACUGAAGUUCUCUGUAUGCCUGUAUUGGUUGCCAUUCAGUUUAAAAUUGUUCCUGGUUCCACUGUUAUUUAGAAAAGCGUUAUUUACUUCUCAACAUCCAGAGAAUAUUUUUAGUUUGUCUUUAAAAAUAAGUGUGUUUUGUAGAUAUUAAUAAAACUAAAUUGUUACAGC